AUGGCCGGACAGGGCUCCUCCCGCCUGCCCGCGACGGGAGGUGGCGGGGGCGGCGGCGGCGGAGAAGGGAUGGAGCGGCGGCGAACGAGGGCAGACGUGAGAGUGGUUCUCGCUCGAGGGCAGGAGCUGUCGCUCGCGUCAUUUCAGAGGUUACUACAGAAACAAAGUGGCAAUCGCGCCACUUGGGAGUACCCGUUUGCAGUUGCCGGUGUAAAUAUCACAUUCAUGAUCAUGCAGAUGCUGGAUCUCCAGUCCAUGAAAUCAAUUGCAGCUAAACCGAGAACGUUCGUCAAAGCUGUUUUUGUCCAAAUGCUUUCAGAGGAUGAAUGGGCAUUUGAUCUGCUCUACUGUGUUGCUUUCCUUGUGAUGGACAAGCAGUGGGUAGAGAAGAACGCUUCUUACAUGGACUUCAAUGAGAUACUGAAGUCAACUCGAGCGCAGCUGGAGAAGGAGCUUCUGCUGGAGGAUGUGCUGAGGAUUGAAGAUAUGCCAUCAUACAGACUGCUUUGCUAGCGGUCAUAUCAGUUGGAAACGAUGACUGAGCUCAUG